AAAAUGCGGCCUCAAAACCUUUUUAUCGUUGCAUCAAAAAUUGGUUGGCUCUGACAAGAGAUCAAGCACAAAGUGCAACACUCUAUGGCUACUCUUGCUCCCUCAUCCUCUCUCCGCUUCACUUCUCCAUCCUCCAAUCUUUCUCCGCCUUCACUCACUUCAAUUCCACGCUUAUCACUCUUUUCCUCCCCCUCCUCCUCCUCCUCUGCUUACCCUCAUUCUCUCUCUUCCUCUCUCUCCAUCUCUCCCCCUUUCCUCACUUGCCCCACAAGUUCCAGACCACUUUCUCUCUCCUCCUUCACUGUGAAGGCCAGUUCUGCGGAUAAAAAGAAGGUUCUCAUAGUCAAUACCAACAGUGGUGCGCAUGCAGUCAUUGGCUUCUACUUUGCAAAAAACCUUCUGGGUUCUGGCCAUGAAGUCACCAUAAUGACCGUUGGUGAAGAGAGCUCAGACAAGAUGAAAAAGCCUCCGUUCAAUAGAUUCUCCGAAAUAGCAAGCGCUGGUGGCCGGACGGUAUGGGGGGAUCCCGUAGAACUUGAGAAGGUUUUGAAGGGGGCAGCUUUUGAUGUAGUGUUGGAUAACAAUGGCAAGGACUUGGAUACAGUGAGGCCCGUGGCAGAUUGGGCCAAGAGUUCUGGGGCAAAGCAAUUUCUGUAUAUCAGCAGUGCUGGAAUUUACAAGCCAACGGACGAGCCUCCUCAUGUUGAAGGGGACAUUGUUAAAGCUGAUGCUAGUCAUGUUGGAGCAGAGCAGUACAUCUCAGAGAUUUUCGGUAGUUGGGCGAUAUUCCGUCCACAGUACAUGAUUGGCUCAGGAAACAACAAAGAUUGUGAGGAGUGGUUCUUUGAUCGAAUUGUUCGAGGCAGACCAGUCCCAAUCCCUGGCUCUGGAAUGCAAUUAACGAAUAUAUCCCAUGUUAGGGAUUUAUCGUCCAUGCUUACUUUGGCAGUUGAGAAUCCAGAUGCUGCAAGUGGCAAAAUCUUCAACUGUGUUAGCGACCAUGCUGUGACACUCGAUGGAAUGGCCAAACUAUGUGCUAAAGCUGCUGGCUACCCCGUUGAGAUUGUGCAUUAUGAUCCAAAAGCUGUUGGAAUCAACGACGCAAAGAAAGCCUUCCCUUUCCGUAAUAUGCAUUUUUACGCAGAGCCAAGAGCUGCCAAGGAUAUUCUUGGAUGGUGUGGUACCACAAAUCUUCCAGAAGACUUGAAGGAACGCUUUGAGGAGUAUGUGAAGAUUGGAAGAGACAAGAAGCCCAUGAAAUUUGAGAUAGACGAUAAGAUACUAGAAUCGUUGAAACUGAAAGUGCCAGUAUCUGUUUGAUAAACCUUCAUGCCUCUCGUGUUAAAGGAGAAAGAGAUGAAGUUUUGUGUCGCGCUCUCCAAAAGAAAUUUAAUAAAUGUUGAUUGGAAGUCAGAACCGUUGUAGAUACCAUGGAAUUGUACUAAACAUUCUUCUUACCUUGCCACUCUGUUUUACAGGAUAUUAUAUCACAGAGACCAUGAUAAAGUUCAUUUAUAGCUUCUGG